AUGUACUCAGUAUUAUUUGCACAAUACAGUAUUUUUACACAAGAAGCAAGAAUACCACGACUGACAAUUCCAUAUUUCGACAGUUCCAGCGUCGUUAUCUUCUCAUCUAUUUUCUUGCCACAGGCUCCAGGUGACUGGCUUCAAGGACCUUAUCUUUAUGUGCUUUACGAUUCUUAUGGGAUGACAAAGUAUGAAAUUGAAUUACUGUUUGUGACCGGAUUUGCUUCCAGUCUUAUCUUCGGUACAUUCAUUGCUUCUGCUGCCGAUAAAUACGGACGUCGAUCAAGUUGUUUACUGUACGCCAUACUCUAUACUGCAGCAUGUGUUACAAAACAUUUUGCGAACUUUUGGAUUUUGGUUGCCGGAAGAAUAUUUGGUGGCAUAGCAACGUCUAUUAUGUGCAGCGCAUUCGAGUCGUGGUUGGUUUACGAACACAAUAAGCAUGGUUUCAAUCCGAAUUUGUUGAAGACAGUUCUUUCAAACGCAGCAUUGGGUAACUCUAUCGUAGCCAUUAUAUCUGGACUGAUUGCACAGUACUCUGCCGAUGCCUUUGGAUAUGUAAGUCCGUUCGACAUAUCACUUGCAGUGCUAGUAACGAUGAUGAUUUGUGUCAUUACUUGCUGGUCAGAAAAUUAUGGUUGUGAGAAAGCAAUUCUUAGUCUGCAAUUUAUGGAUGCAUGUAGUGUUAUGAGAAAUGAUUUGAGAGUGGUAUGUUUGGGAUUAAUUCAAAGUUUAUUCGAAGCUACCGUGUAUUUAUUCGUCCUACAGUGGACUCCAACAUUAUCAGAUGCGAGCAGUGACAUAAUUCCGCACGGAUAUAUCUUUGCCUCAUUUAUGGUAUCCAUAAUGAUUGGUUCAAUGAUUUUCAAACUAUUAAGCAAAUACCAGCGGCCAGAAUCAUUUAUGAGAUUCGUGCUGGCAGUGUCAGUUUUGUGCUUGGCGACACCAAUCAUAUGGCCGGAUAAUGAGAUGGUUAUAUAUGCAGGGUUUAUAUUCUUUGAAAUCUGUGUUGGGAUAUUCUGGCCUGCGAUAGGUUUCAUGCGUGGAAUUUAUAUUGCUGAAGCUACUCGAUCAACAGUUAUGAAUUACUGUCGUGUUCCACUGAAUGCCAUCGUUAUUAUUAUUUUGUUACAAAACCUGUCACGUCAAACAAUUUUUCAAUGUUGUAUGAUGUUUGUGAUGCUUGCUACGACUAUCCAACAAUGCUUAUAUAGGACCAGAACAGAUGCUGAAAAAGUGAGACCGGAAUUAUCAGUGACGAAUGUAACAAUAACGAAGGAGAAGUCCCCUCUGUCGCCGUCUGCUAAUCUAUCAUGUGGUUUAUCGCCAUCUUCCACAAGCAUCGCAGCAACUCCUUCAUCAGGGAUAUGUGAAAGCGGAGGAAUCGUCUGUGCCCCGAUUGAUGGAAGAAAUGCCUUCACUUCUAAGCAUGCAGCAAAUCAUAUAGGUACAAAUUAAUCCGUUUGCUCUCCUAACUUUGUGGCGCCCUUCUCACAAAAAUCGAUGAUGUUAAUUGAGCUAAGGAAAAUAACUUUCUAAUCCAGUAAUCACUAAUUACUGAUGACAUAUUCAUUCUCGACUAUUGCUUCAUUACAGUAUAAAAUAUAGAACGCCAUUUUAAACUGACUUUCG